AAUCACCAGUGGGCAGUGGCCAAUCCGCUUUGGAUAUGCAAUAGUUAAAGAAAGAAAAGACAGAGAAGUUGUUACAGAUUUGGGAGAUCCUUUAUUUUAUAUCUAUAAUAAUUAUUUAAAUCGUUCGAUAUUAUUUAACGAAGUUUUAGUUUUUAAUACUUUUGUGUUUUGGUUUAUCUUUGUGUGUUCAUAUUUUGCUGCUGAUUCAUAAAACCUAUCAAACAAAUAGUUCGGUAGUUUUAUCGGAUCUCAUAAGCCUGUCCCUGGGCCUCUAAAGAAAAUGGCGUGUGCUACUCUCAAAAGAAACUUAGAUUGGGAGACCAUGUCUCAGAUGCCCGCUAAGAAGCGUAGAUGUGCUUCUUUUGCGACAAGUCCAAGUACCAGUCCUGGUUUAAAAGUUACUGAACCCAAAAAUUCCGUAUUCGCCGAUAUCGUCAGUACACCCAUAAAACUGACUCCAGAGAUAUUCGAUGAGAUGAGGAGGCUGCAUCGACGCCGGCAGCUGCGGCUCGCGUCCGGCGUCGCUUCGAGCUCCUCAUCCAGCGGCAGCGAGGGAGACGCAUCCCCUCCCCACCACUCGCACACCUUACACACACAGAAAGUCCACAACAAGGCCCUCUUCACAUUCAAACAGGUGCGAAUGAUUUGCGAACGCAUGCUGCGGGAGCAAGAAGCCGCACUGCGUGCUGAAUAUGAGACAGCCUUGAGCAACAAACUGGCAGAGCAGUACGAGGCCUUUGUUCGCUUCAAUACCGACCAGGUGCAGCGCCGACCUCCUGCAGCGACUUGCAUGCCUCUAGGAAUGGACUCUGAACACCACAUGCAUCAAGAUCUCGUGCCGAGCUAUCUGUCCUAAUAAGAAUAGUAAUUCGUAGCAGACUUGGGGGAGAUGUAUCGAGACAUACAUAUUUUGUAAUAUGUGAAUAUACUAUGCAGAAAGUAUUGUGAUUGCUCGCGGAACUUAACUGUUCUCAAACCUACAAUGCAAGGCAGUAUUACAGUUGUACUAAUCAUAUAUUUAAUGGUACUUUCUAUUUAAUAAAAAAAAUGAUGCUUUGUGGCAUUCCACAAAGACCCACUAUUAGAUUCAAAGGAUUUUAUUUAUAAGUGUGUGUGCUAAUAUGAACAACACAUUAUUGAAUGCUAAUAAAUAAGGUCUUUGAUUUCAACUAUAAUUAUAACAACAUCAAAUAUGUAAUAUAAGACAUUGGUGUGCUAAUUUUACUUAUGUGAAUGAUGAGCCAACUCAAUUGUAAACAUGUGUGUGAAACUAGCCACUAAAUUGUCAAAGUGCAUAAAAAUAGUUGUAAGCUUUGGGGCCACAUCUUAGUGGAAUGCCAAAACUGCUGCAGUAUUGUACAGAACACAGCUAAGUCCCGCAGCUCAUUUCAUGCCACUUAACAUAAAUUAGAUUGUAAUGCUUUAGGUAAGGUUCGCAGCAUGAUUGUGUUCAUAGACUGACUCUGACAAAGUUAUGGUUUGGACUGUUAUGCAAUGUGUGGAUAUUUUGCUUGACACAGGGGUAUAAUAAUAUUAUUUCCUAUGACAAAAGGAUAAUUGAUAUAUUAAAUAUUAGAUAACACAAAAUCACAGAGUGCCUAAUAUGAUUCAUCAUUGUUCCCUCAAAAUUCAUUAGUUAGCCAUGAUUUUUGUAUAAUUAUUUUUAGUUUAAUUUUUAGUGUUGUCGAAAUAUAGCUGUACUUUUAUAAAUUAUAUUUGUUUUUCUCUUAAUCAAGCUUGUAAUUGUAGGCUCGAGUUGUUGCCUGGCUUACUGCCCAAUGGUUUAAAGUUUUGUCUUUUUGAGAAAGGCGUUUAGAUUAUUUAAAUUUAGCUUUAUUUAAGUUAUUCUCAAUAAUGUAAUAUUAUAAUGGUGUUGCUGAUUUGAAACGCGCUGCAAAACAUUAUUGGGUUUUCUUUUUAUACAUUGUUUUAGUUAGCAAAUGUUUUAUUGAAUACAACAGGAUUUAAUUUGUUACCAAGCAUAUUCAAUAAAAAUAUUAGGAUAGGUCUUUUUUAAAUUGUAUUAUCAGCUCAUUAUUUGUAGGUAUUGGCGUUUAAGAACUGAGAAAUAAAUUAGCUAAACACCAAUAAA